UUCCGCUCGGCACCCGUCCGCGGCGAAGAAGGGUCACUUCCUACUCUGCUCGCUCCCAUUUCCUCGCUCCUCCCCAAUCCGAGGCGGCGACCUCUCCCCGGCGCUGUUGUAGGGUUUCGAGUCCUCCCCGGUUCUUUCUCGGCGGGGGACCACAUGAUUUCUCUCUCCGCCUUCCCCUCUCUCUGCCCCUGCGGCGUCUCCCGGCUGCCCAAGAUUCCAAGAACCGCCGUGUGGUGCUCCCUUGGAUCUCCUCCCCCGGUCGCAGGUGCCCGAGAAUCAAAAGCACCACGUAGAAGAUCUAGAAGGACCGAUGGAGCAGGGAAAAGUAUGGAAGACUCUGUGCAGCGCAAACUUGAACAGUUUUAUGAAGGAUUAGAUGGCCCACCACUCCGUGUUCUUCCAAUAGGUGGUCUGGGUGAAAUUGGAAUGAAUUGCAUGCUCGUAGGCAACUUUGACCGUUAUAUCUUAAUUGAUGCAGGCAUCAUGUUCCCAGAUUAUGAUGAGUUUGGAGUCCAGAAGAUUGUACCUGAUACAACAUUUAUCAAAAGAUGGAGCCAUAAAAUUGAAGCACUUGUUAUAACACAUGGCCAUGAGGAUCACAUCGGUGCGUUGCCUUGGGUUAUACCAGCUCUGGACUCCCACACUCCAAUUUUUGCUUCAUCUUUUACAAUGGAGUUGAUCAAGAGACGUUUGAAGGAGUUUGGGAUUUUUGUUCCAUCCAGGCUUAAGGAAUUUAAAGUUCGAAAGAAGUUCCAAGCUGGUCCAUUUGAAGUGGAGCCCAUCCGAGUAACCCAUUCAAUCCCUGAUUGCUGUGGGUUGGUGCUCCGCUGCAGUGAUGGUACUAUUUUUCAUACUGGUGACUGGAAGAUUGAUGAGUCACCACUAGAUGGCAAAGUUUUUGACCGUGUUGCAUUGGAGCAACUUUCCAAAGAAGGGGUGACUUUGAUGAUGAGUGACUCAACCAAUGUUCUGUCACCUGGAAGAUCUGUCAGUGAAGCAGCUGUAGCAGAUACAUUACUGCGACGCAUUUCAGAGGCAAAAGGAAGGGUUAUAACUACACAAUUUGCUUCUAACAUACAUCGUCUUGGAAGUGUCAAAGCUGCUGCUGAUUUAACUGGACGAAAAAUGGUAUUAGUUGGUAUGUCUCUGAGAACUUAUUUAGAUGCCGCUUUCAAGGAUGGAAAGGCUCCAAUUGAUCCUUCCAUUUUGGUGAAAGCAGAGGAUAUUGAUGCUUAUGCCCCAAAAGAUUUGUUGAUUGUGACAACUGGUUCUCAAGCAGAACCAAGAGCUGCACUAAAUCUUGCAUCCUUUGGCAGCAGCCAUUCUCUAAAACUGGGAAAAGAUGAUGUUGUUUUAUAUUCUGCUAAGGUAAUUCCUGGAAAUGAGACUCGAGUGAUGAAGAUGCUAAACCGCAUAUCAGAGCUUGGUCCAACGAUCAUAAUGGGCAAAAAUGCUGGAUUGCAUACAUCUGGCCAUGCCUACCGUGGAGAAUUGGAGGAAGUUCUUAAAAUUGUGAAACCUCAACAUUUUCUACCCAUUCAUGGGGAACUGUUGUUUUUGAAAGAGCAUGAAUUACUUGGAAGAUCCACUGGGAUACGGCAUACCGCUGUAAUAAAGAACGGAGAGAUGCUUGGUGUUUCACAUCUCCGGAACAGGAGAGUUCUGUCCAAUGGGUUUUCUUCACUAGGAAAGGAGGCAUUAGAGUUGAUGUAUAGUGAUGGUGAUAAAGCAUUUGGAACGUCAGCUGAACUUUGUAUUGAUGAGAGGUUAAGAAUUGCAUCUGAUGGUAUUAUAGUUGUCAGCAUGGAGAUUUUGCGCCCUCAAGCUGUAAAUGGUUCAUCACAAGCAUGUUUAAAAGGAAAAAUAAGAAUCACCACGCGUUGUUUAUGGCUAGAUAGAGGAAAGCUUCUGGAUGCUCUGUAUAAAGCUGCAUACGCUGCACUCUCAAGCUGUCCUGUGAAUUGUCCGCUGGCUCACAUGGAACGAAUCGUAUCUGAAGUAUUAAGGAAGAUUGUUAGGAAAUACAGCAGCAAAAGGCCUGAUGUCAUUGCAAUUGCAGUGGAGAACACCACUGGAGUUGUAACUGAAGAAUUGAAGACUCGAUUAUCUGGAAAAUCUCGUGGUAGUUUUGGGCUCUCUGCUGCUGCUCAGGCAUUCAAUAUGCGUGCAACAAAGCAUUCAAGUAGACAGUUCAAUGAAUAUAGUGAUUCUUUGCCUUCAAGCAGGCAGCUUGAUGAAGUUGGGGAUUCUGCCAUCGAUGUGAACAACAUAGAAAUGGACUCUUCUGAAGGCGAGAGUUUUGAUGCUGAUCAAACGUUGCCUGAGGUUGCAACUAAAAACUCUGACCAAGAUGAAUUAUCUUCUCAUGCAUCCCAAGAACCAGACGAUAUUGUUGAACUUGUCAAAGCAUCUUCUUCUGUCCAACAGACAACAGCUAGUGACUGUGGUUUGGAAGAGAAUAUGGGUGUUGAUAAAAACGUAACACCUGGCAGCAAGGAGCCCAGCAGAUUGUUAAAUGCUAAGAAAUCUGCAAAGCGUAAUAAGUGGAAGCCUGAGGAGGUGCAAAGACUGAUAAUAUUACGUGCUGGAUUGGAUAGCAAAUUCCGGAGUGCUAAAGCGAGAAUGGUUCUCUGGGAAGAGAUAUCAACUGAUAUGUUAAACGAUGGAAUAAAUCGUAGUCCCGCACAAUGCAAGUCUCUCUGGGCAUCACUGGUUCAGAAAUAUGAGGAAAGUAGAAGAAAUGAGAAAAGUAGAAAAACCUGGCCCCACUUUGCUGCCAUGGAUGAAGUUUUGUCCGCUGGUGACCAGGCAAUGAAAUGAAUAGCUGAGUGGCAUAUAUUAUGUGCACAGAAGCA